AUGUUAGAAACUUAUGUAUUUGUUCAUGGAGCAUUCCAAGGUGCUUGGAUUUGGGAUAUGGUUUCCAAUUUAAUCAAGGUAAAAGGACAUCAUUGUUAUUGUCUUACGCUACCUGGAAUGGCAGAGAAACACUCUGAGGUGAACAAUGCCAUUCGUUUGGAGACUCAUAUCGAAUUUGUUUGUGAUUUUAUCGAGAAGAAUGAUUUACGUUAUAUUACAUUGGUUGGACAUGGUUACGGUGGAAUGGUAAUCAGUGGUGUAGCAGAUCGCGAACACGAAAAUAUCAAAUCGCUGUUGUACUUGGAUGCCUUCUUGCCAGAGAACAACGAAUCGAUGGCCGAUCUGCUCUACGAGGAUAUUCGCGACCAGUGGUACGAGAGUGCCGAGAAGAAUGGAAAAGGUUUCUUGAUACAUCCACCACCACCAUCGUACUUUGGCUUACAGAACGAUCCGAUGCAAGCAACCUGCUGUGAAACACUCAUGACCUCACAGCCACUCUACACUCUCACCACGCCGGUACACUACAAGAACGGUGGUCCUUUUGCUGUUCAUCGCAGAUAUUAUGUCAUCUGUAAAGAUAUCAAUUGCGAAGCAAGUCGCUUGGUUAGCAAGUCUACAGAUAGAGUGAAGAACUAUGCUGGAUGGACAAUUAGCACAUUAGAUACUUCACAUGAAUAUAGAGUUGUAAUGACAAGAAGAAUAGGGGGAAUUUCACCUUUUACCAUUAGAGUACUAUGGUGUUUGAUUGUUCUAACUUUGAUAUCAUCUAUCUCCACCUUUUACUUUAUUGGAAGAGCUCAAGAUCAGCUUGUUACCAAAGAUUCAUUAACUAUAGAUUCAUAUGAAACCAACAUUGAUUUAGAACAACAUAAAGAAACAUCAGUUAUUGACAAUAAUAAUAAUAAUAAUAAUAAUAAUAAUAAAGAUGAAAAAGUACAAAAUGAAUCACCUUCAUCUUCAUCAUAUUUAGAUAUCAUAGAAAGUAGAAUACCUCCACUUGAAAAGGAUGAUGUUAGAUUCGAAGAUACUAUCGAUGUAUACAGCAAAAUAGAACCUAUGGAGAAACAUACACUUCAAUGUAAAUAUAUAGAUAUAGUUUAUACAUGGGUGAAUGGAUCUGAUCCUGCUCAUUUCGCCAAGCGAAAGAAAAGAGAAGAACAAUAUGGUGUUAGAAAAUCAUCAGAAGCUAGAGUUAGAGAUUUGAUGGGAUUGAAAUAUUCAUUGAGAAGCAUCAAGAAACAUGUUCCAUGGGUCAGAAAAGUAUUUGUGAUUGCAGAUGAUCAAUACCCAUAUUGGUUCAAUCAAUCAAACACCGAUAUUCAAUUUAUAUUUCAUCAACACUAUUAUAAGAAUAUAUCACAUUUACCAACUUAUAACUCGAACAGUCUUGAAAUUAACUUUUACAAUCUUCCAGAUUAUGUUUCUGAUUGCUUUCUUUAUUUUAAUGAUGAUACUUUUGUUGCAAAUGAUUUACCAAUGGAUUAUAUUUGGGAUAAAGAAAAAGGACAAGCAUUAUAUUUCUCAAAUUGGAAAGCACCACAAGAAGAUCCAAACAAAAUUAAAAAGAAUUCAUGGCAUUUGCUAAGGGCAAUUCACAACACCAAUUUACUUUUAGAUGAAUUAUGGGGAAAUGCAACAAGAAACUAUCAUAGCCAUACUAUUGUUUUCUACAAUAAACAACUACUAAAGAGAAUCGAAAAAGUGUUCCCCAAACAAUUUGAAACAACAUCAAGCCAACCAUUUAGAAAAGGAACCGAUCUAAACAAUCCUUUUAUGUAUCAUCAGUUUGCAAAGAGAUAUUAUAAUCAUUUCAGACCGGAUCGAAAAGAUUACUACUCGGUACUAACCGACGACAUUGAAAAAACACAGAAAACAAUGCACAAAAUACUUUCACAGAGACCUCACACCGUCUGUCUCAACGAUGGAAUGGGUACACCUCCCAAUCCAGAUUCACUCGCACUACUCCAACAAACUUUUGAAACACUAUUUCCCGAUAAACCUGCAUGGGAAUUAGAUGAAUGGAGUAACACAUUAACUCGUUGUAUUUGUAAAAGAUGGUUUUAUGAAAGAGAUAAAUAUCUAUCGUUCAACAUUGACAAUCAUAUCAAACAACGUUAUCUAAAUGAUUGUCAAUUCUUUACACAAUCAUAUAAAUCAAUCUUUACCAAAGCACUAGAGACUUCAAAGAAACAACAGUAUAUACUUUACGUUGGGUAUCUCGAAGAAGAACCAUUUCGUGAUCACUUUGCUAAAAUAAAAGAUCCUCUGGUAGAAUAUGAUUAUUUUAUAGAUUACCAAAGUAUUCCAAGUAAUGUUACCAAUGUAGUAUUGAAUGUUUUUAAUAAAUUGUAUGACGAUGAUUCAAAACAUCUAUUUAGAAUGUUGGCGCAGUCGAAUGUGACUCAGUUGGAUGGAUGCUAUACGGUUGCAUACCAACUACCAAAAACUCUUAAGAGAUUGACAUUCGAUAGAUACUUUAGUAGACCAUUGCCUGCUGGAUGUUUUCCUCCCGGCAUAAAAGAGAUAGAGCUUCCAUUCUUUAAUAAACCGAUACAAUCCGGUGUCUUUCUCGAUGGUCUAGAGAAGCUUGAUCUAGGAGAUAAAUUCGAUAGUCCAAUCGAAGACAACGUCGAUGUCUUCCCAUCGUCUCUAAGGUAUCUGAGUGUUGGUAACUACCGGCUGAAUCUACACCUCAAUAUGUUCCCUCCAAAUCUUGAAUACCUCAAGUACACUGGAUAUCGUAGACCGUUCAUUGAGGGAAUGUUGCCAGAUUCCUUGCAUACUCUGAUCAAUGCACCGGAUACAUGGUUGGAACACAUCGGUAAAUUACCGAAUCUCACCAAUCUGUCGAUUCUCGUAAACUCUGCAGAUGUCAUAUACGAUGCAGAUACCAUAGGUACAAUCGAAUUGGAUCUCAAUGAGAUUCCGCGUGGUCUAAAAACACUGAUUCUCGGUAGUCCAGAUAUUGACUCACGACAAAAUACCUAUCCAAGAUUCAGACUGCACGGUGCUCUCCCAAACUCAGUCGAAUCAUUCAAUACGGGAACAUGUAUUUUUCAGUCUGACAUCUUAUUUCCCAGUGGUACACAAUAUGACUUCAAAGAGCUGUCGAUUGGGUGCCAUGGACAAUCACAACCGAUUCCCGCUAACGUUAGAGCCAAGAAACUGAGUUUCUCCAACCACUCUGAAAAAACUAUCCACCAAGGUGAUCUCCCAGUUGGUGUGGAAUACAUUGCCUUUAAAUAUUGCAGCUCCAUUGAAUUCAAAUCGAAUUCCGCACUGCCAGAAUCAGUAAAAGAGAUUGUUGUUUACAAUCAGAAUGAGGAGGAUCUAAAGUUUCCAAAGUCAUUCACAUCAAGCGCGCUACAGACUAUCAGGUUUAUCAAUGACUACCAUCACGCAGUGAAAAAAGGUGUAAAGAUACCGUCUUCAACAAGAACAUUAUAUACGGUGUUCGAUCGAAAUAACUUCCCUUAUAUUCCAACAACUCUCACCAAUAUCAAUUUCACCAACAGUAUAGAAUCAGAUUCAGACAUUGACUGUCAGAUCAGAAAAUUAGAUAGCAAAUACUAUUUAAUAUUUGGAACUACCAAUCGAAUCAAUUUCAUUUCGACAAUUUUCAACAAGUCAAUGUUUCUCGACUCACUUGCCAAGAAAAUAGAAAAACCGGAAUCAAAAGAAUCAUUUACAAGCUGUCAAAUUCAAUGA